UUUCACUAGUAACGAUCAGCUGCAGGCAGUGUGCUGUGCUGUUCAAACUUCUGCCAUAUUGACUGAACUAAAACCCUGGUACAAUCAGCUGAGGUUAGCAGAGCUCUACUGACAACAACAGCCGCCUCAUUGUUGCAGCUGAAAUGAUCCACAGUCUGUUCCUGAUUAAUCACACGGGAGACAUCUUCCUGGAGAAACACUGGAAGAGCGUCAUCAGCAGGAGUGUGUGUGAUUACUUUUUUGAGGCCAAAGAGAAAGCAGGAGACCCGGAAAAUGUCCCCCCUGUCCUGCAGACCCCACACCACUAUCUCAUCACCAUUUACAGGGGCAAACUCUUCCUCCUGUCUGUCAUCCAGACUGAAGUUCCACCGCUGUUUGUUAUUGAAUUCCUGCACAGGGUGGCAGACACAUUUCAGGACUACUUUGGGGAAUGCUCCGAAGGUGUAAUCAAGGAUAAUGUGGUGACAGUGUAUGAACUGUUGGAGGAAAUGCUGGACAAUGGCUUCCCAUUGGCAACAGAGUCCAAUGUCCUUAAAGAGAUGAUCAAACCCCCCAACAUCCUUCGAUCAGUUGUCAAUACACUCACAGGAAGUAGUAAUGUUGGAGAUACACUGCCAACAGGUCAACUUUCUAAUAUCCCAUGGAGACGAGCUGGUGUUAAAUACACCAACAAUGAGGCGUAUUUUGAUGUAAUAGAAGAAAUAGAUGCCAUUCUGGAUAAAUCAGGUACAACAGUAUUUGCAGAAAUUCAGGGCGUCAUUGAGGCCUGUGUGAGGCUCACUGGGAUGCCUGACCUAACUCUGUCCUUCAUGAACCCUCGUCUUCUUGAUGAUGUUAGUUUCCAUCCAUGUGUACGUUUUAAGCGCUGGGAGGCAGAGCGUGUCCUUUCUUUCAUACCGCCAGAUGGAAACUUUACACUCAUGACCUAUCAUGUCAGCUCUCAGAAUCUGGUGGCUAUCCCUGUUUAUGUGAAGCAGAGCAUCAGUUUCUUUGAGAGUGGAUCUUGCGGUCGCCUGGACAUCACACUAGGACCCAAGCAGACCAUGGGGAAGAUGGUGGAGGGCUUAACAGUCACUAUACACAUGCCUAAAACAGUGCUCAGUGCCAACCUCACAGCCACCCAGGGAAACUACACCUAUGACCUUGCUACAAAGGUGUUGGUUUGGGACAUUGGAAAGCUGAAUCCCCAGAAGCUUCCAAACUUAAAGGGUAGUUUAAGUGUGCAAGCAGGUGCCCCCAAACCUGAAGAAAACCCUUCACUCAACAUCGGCCUGAAGAUCCAGCAGCUGGCCAUAUCAGGUCUGAAGGUCAGUCGUCUUGACAUGUACGGAGAGAAGUACAAGCCAUUUAAAGGGGUCAAAUAUGUGACAAAAGCAGGGAAAUUCCAAGUACGGACCUGAAUCAUGACUCAGGGGCCAAACGUCAACAAUCCAAUGUGCCAAAUAUGGUACAAGGGUACCACCAUGCAGAGUCAUCACUCUAAUUCUUACAGUACAUAUCUUACAGCUCAUUGUUGUUAAUGAAUAAUUUUGCAUUCUAACAGUUAUUUAUUGUUGUAUUUGGCACUUGAUAUACACGACUGGAUGUUUUUGUGGCCUGUAAAGGGAAGCCUUAAUAAUCAAUGUGACCUUGUUUAAGUUAAGUGCUAUUAGUUUCUAAUAACCAGUUCAAAUGUGCGGCAUUGUAGACAUUCCUCUUUAUUUUCUGGACUGUUCUUUAACAUUUUCUAUUUUUAUUUUAUUUUAUUUUUAAAUCUAACACUUUCUGAGUGUUGCCUAAGGGGAAUAUUUCGGCUUUAAAAGGGACACUCACUGGCUUAAACACUCUAAAGCACCACUACACACCUUCUUUCUUCUCACUAUGCCAUGAUCUCAGCUACACAAUCACAUGCAUGUUGCCUAAGAGUUAGCAGCCAUGCCUUUGGAAGACUUUUUACAUAUUAAGACAUAAUGUAGCCAGUUUUAUACUUAAAUAUAUAUAGAUAUAUAUGUGCUUAUUUUUGAAAACUCUAAUGUUUUAUGUACUUUCUGAGUAGCUGCAGUGUGUCUCGAGGCACUGUCUUUAGUGCAGGUAUUUUUGCACACAUUCUCUUAAAUGUGGCCUUGUAAUGGAAGGUAAAGGUGUUACACGUAGCACAAAACAGCACAAUCUGUAUGCCUUAAUGGCCUGAGGGGUGUUUUUCUCUAAAUCAUGUCAUAUAUCAACGGUACCUUUUUUGCCUCGAGAGAUGUCUGCACACCAGAAUAAUGGUUCAAGAUGUACCUUCGAUAACUGAUGAAGAAUCAAUCAGGACUAAACAUGGGUGGAAGAUUAUCUGCAAGACCCAUAUAUGAGCUAAUGAUUCAGUUGUGUAAAAAGCACUCACGAAAUAUACAAAAUCCUCACGUACUCUUGAAUGCAACGCCUUUACUCAGCACAGCAUUUGCACAAUCAAUUGUCCAUGUGGAAAAUACUACUUAAAGCUCCUGUAUGAAGUCAGACUUGUAUUGUAUCAGAUGUCUUAUAAAAGCUUUAAAAUUU